ACAUAUGUGAUUUGUCUGCAGCCCGUUUGGAAGGUUUAAAGUGAACAGUGAAGAAGAAGAAGAAGACGCCCUCACCCUGUCCUCCGCCAUGUGGUUCUCAUGGGGAGUUCUGUUGAACUCUGGGAUCGGAGAAGGAGCUCCCAGGAGUUUCUCAGCGAGGAUUCUGGGUAUGGUGUGGGCAGGUUUCGCUAUGAUAAUCGUAGCGUCCUAUACUGCCAACCUGGCAGCCUUCCUUGUGUUGGACCGGCCUGAGGAGCGCAUCACUGGCAUCAAUGACCCCAGGCUGCGUAACCCAUCGGAUAAGUUCAUCUACGCCACAGUGAAGCAGAGCUCGGUGGAUAUCUACUUCAGACGGCAGGUGGAGCUGAGCACCAUGUACCGGCACAUGGAGAAGCACAACUACGAGAGCGCCGCUGAGGCCAUCCAGGCCGUCAGAGACAAUAAGCUUCAUGCCUUCAUCUGGGACAGCGCUGUGUUGGAGUUCGAGGCAUCGCAGAAGUGCGAUCUGGUGACAACAGGAGAGCUUUUCUUUCGCUCCGGAUUUGGGAUUGGAAUGAGGAAAGACAGUCCGUGGAAACAGAACGUUUCUCUGGCUAUUCUCAGCUCUCAUGAGAAUGGCUUCAUGGAGGAUCUAGACAAGACGUGGGUUCGAUACCAGGAGUGUGACUCCAGGAGCAACGCCCCCGCUACCCUCACCUUCGAGAACAUGGCAGGUGUGUUCAUGCUGGUUGCCGGGGGCAUCGUCGCCGGGAUCUUCCUCAUCUUCAUCGAGAUCGCUUACAAACGACACAAAGACGCUCGAAGGAAACAGAUGCAACUGGCCUUCGCUGCUGUGAACGUGUGGAGGAAGAACCUACAGGUACCAGACUCUAUUCUACUGGACUCUACUCUAACUCUACUGUAUUCUACUCUACUGUACUGUACUCUAACUUUACUCUACUCUAACCUAUCUAGCCCGAAAGCACCCCAGGUGGGGGGCUCUCGAUUUUACAGAGAAAGUUUAGCGUACAGCGUGUCGUACAAUGCACUUUUCAGGAACGAAUAUAGUGAAUGUUAAACACAUAUACUGUAUAUAUAUAUACCCAGUUAAAUAAAAAGGUCUGGGCUACAAGAUCAUGUAAGCCAUUUUUACACACUCCAAACACAAUUCGACACAACUAAAAUAAGCAACAAAAAGAAUUACAACAAUAUCGCAUAUAUUUCGUCAUGAGUCAGCUGGCUACGCACUCCGGUCCGAGCUAACAACACAAAGCUAAAAGCUAACACGGACAACCGAGAUAGCAAAAAGCAAGAGAAUUUGACACAGAUUCCAAAGAUAUCUUCAAUAUUUCUCUCCGUGAAACCAUUACAGAGAUACAGCCAACAAGCUCCAGAACCACAAACCGCUUUAUUGAUAAUUAUCAGAAACGCUCCUCACCUUUACGCUGUUUUCAUGUAGACAAAGGCAUAAUUUCCCGGUUCUGGAGCUAAAAAAUCUGUUCUACGUAUAUCCUGUGUGUCACUGAACUGUUUCCGUGAAGACAGGUUUUUUUUCUAAAUCAGGGGCCGAGGGGGGGACAAUUUGGUAGGUGGAGGAAGGAAGG